ACAAGGACGUAUUUGCCGGGAUCGCGUAUAUAAGGCCCGCCGUCACGACAGUCCGGCAAGCACUCACAUUGGAGUCAAUCUUCUGUCAGCUUCUUCCGCAGACCACCUCCAAACACCUCUCCACCAUGUACAAGAGUCUGGUCGUCAUUGCCGCCGCGGUGUGCGCCGUCGCCGCACAGGCCGACAGGUACCCAGCUGGCGUCAACCCCGCCCUCUGCCCCAACUUCCCCAUCUGCGACAACACGCUGCUUGCCUCCCAGGGAGCUGGCGGCCCCGCCCCCUACAACUCCUACAACAACGGAGCUUACAACCCCUCCGCCUACGACAACGGAGCUUACAACCCCUCCGCCUACGACAACGGAGCUUACAACAGCGGAGCUUACAACAGCGGAGCUUACAACGCCGCCCCCGCACCCGCCGCCGGCUACCCUGCGGGCGUGAACCCCGCCUCCUGCCCCAACUACCCGUACUGUGGCGCCGCUGGCCCCGCAGCCGUAGCGCCCCUGCCCGGCUACACCAGCCGCCAGUACCCCGCUGGAGUGAACUCCGGCUCCUGCCCCAACUACCCCUACUGCUACUAGGUUCCGCCCUUUCCCUACUUUCUGACCAUUCCCACCUCGACCCCCUCCACCAUCUAGUCCCGCCCACCCACCCUUUCUAACGCCUGACCCCACCCACUUCGACACUUCCAGCUUCUUCUUCCAUCUUCGCCAGCGUUCUAGAAAAUACGAGACAGCCUAAAUAGGCCUUGAUGCGCCAGGACAGAUAAAAACCUACAUCAGCUACGACUCCAGGACGUCUCGAACAAAAAAAAAGUCACUGUGAUCUCUGUCAUCUUUAACUUUCAUUUCCUCUGUGUCUGCCUUCGAACUAUGUCUUGCCCUGUUAGAACUCUAUCCUCUUCCUAGAUAAAUACUUGUUUUCCUUUCCUCAGAAGAUGGCUCGUGUCCGCUGUACAGCUUGCACGCCAGUGCACUGGGUACACCGGAAGACGAUAUCAAUGUGAGUGCUGUUUCACAUCGUGUCUUCAAAUUUUCCUUCUAGCUCUGUGUUCCUUUUGUCAUCGUUUUGUUUCCUUUCCUUGUUACGGAAAACAUGUGAGAUAGUAAUGUAUUUUUUGUGAAAAAAAAUUCCAAAAAUAUGUGUGAUUGUUUGAAAAUGAAAAAAAUUAAAACACGUGUGAAUAAAAUAAUGAUAUUUUUUAUUUAUUUUUAUAUUAUAUCCAAAAAUAUAGAUUGUAUGGCAUUAUAAAAAUAAUUCAGUACAAUAACGUCAAGUUGAUGAUAAAAAGUUAGGCCUAGUUAGUACAUUAAAAA